AUGACCUUUUCGGCGCUUGUUGCUAUGUCCUCCUUCAGCGCCAACAUUGCUGCUACUGGUAGUCGCGACGCUCCAUCAGAAUCUCUCAGGUUCUAUCAGUCUGCCGUUUCGUUGUUACGGGAGAGGUUGACCAAUGAGUCGCAACGGUCCAGUGAUGCAAUCAUUGUGACUCUAGCGAAUUUGUGCGCGUUUGAGCCCACUGAUCUGCGUUGUCUGGGUCUGGGCCUGCAGGCCUUUUCGGGAAACUAUGAUGCAGUAGACAUGCACACGCUGGGCAUCAAACAAGUCGUCGCUCUUCGAGGCGGCACCAGCCAACUAGGUUUCGAGGGAUUCCUGAAGACGGUGGCAACGGCGUGGCAGAACUUUUAUGCAGCCCGACAUUCCAUCUCCCUGACCGACCAGCGCUUCUUUCCUGAAGACGGAAAAUUUACCUACCCAGAACAUCCCUUCGAUCCGGACCUGUGCGACAUCAUUGCCAGGUUUCGACCGGGCCUGACUGACAUAGCCUUGUCGGGCUUGCUGAGUCAUCAGAUCAUCAACCUGAUCGCACAUGUCAACAACUGGGUGCAAGAAGUGAACGCCUCUCUCCGAGAGUUGGAUGUGUACAACUUGCAUGACCUGUCCCAGAGUUCGCGCAAUGUCACCUUAUGCGGCGAGUUCCUGCACAAGCCAGGGCUGACAAUGGUCGAGCAACUUCUCGUUCUUGCCCUGACUGCAUUUUGCUAUUCCACGGAUACGACACGAUCCAUGUUUUACCUGACAAAUGCUUAUCUGCAAAUUCGUUGCAAGCACAUGAGGACGCUGUAUAUUGAGGUGACGGGCAGAAAUGAGGCGUUUAUGACCUGGGUCGCAACCAUGCUUCUUGCAACAUUCGAGCCAGCAGCACAGCCUUGGUUUCUGGGCCUAUCAAUCCUGCGAGCGCGCCCGACACUGCGAGACUGGCAGGCAAACGUCAGGAUUUCCGAAGAUUAUUUCUGGAAUGAUGGCCUUUCAUUGAGAUUGGCCUCGAAGCUCGGUUAUCUCAGAGGAACAGAACGCCAGGGUCAUCGCUGA